CAACAACAGCACCUCCAACAACUGUAGCUCCCACGAUAACUGCAGCUCCUACAACAGCUUUAGCAUCUAUGACAACCACUGCAGGCCUAACUACAACAACUGAUGCCCCUACGACCACUGUAACUCCACGACCUACUACGACAACCAGUGCAGCUCUUACUACAACAACUACAACUUCUGCUCCUACGACAACCACAACAACAGCACCUCCAACAACUGUAGCUCCCACGAUAACUGCAGCUCUGACAACAGCUUUAGCAUCUUCGACAACCACUGCAGCCCUAACAACAACAACUGCUGCUCGUACGACCACUACAGAUCCAGAACCUAUUACGACAACCACUGCAGCUCCUUCUACAACAACUACAACUUCAGCUCCUACGACAACCACAACAACAGCACCUCCAACAACUGCUGCUCCUACGACCACUGUAACUCCACAACCUACUUCGACAACCAGUGCAGCUCCUACUACAACAACUGCUGUUCCACCGACCACAGUGACUGCAGCACCUUCUACAAUAACUACAACUUCAGCUCCUACAACAACCAAAACAACAACUGUAGCUCCCACGACAACUGCAGCUCCUACAACCGCUUUAGCAUCUAUGACAACCACUGCAGGCCUCACAACAACAACUGCUGCUCCUACGACCACGACCACUACAUCUCCAGAACCUAUUACGACAACCACUGCAGCUCCUACUACAACAACUACAACUUCAGCUCCUACGACAACCACAACAACAGCACCUACUACAACACCUGAAGUUCCUAAAACUGUAGCUCCCACGACCACUCCACCUGCUGUACUUACUUCAACAAUCACACCUACAGCUCCUGAUACCACAACUGUAACUUCUACGUCAACCACAGCAGCUCUAACUACAACAAUUGCUGCUCCAACGACCACUACAAUUCUAGAACCUAUUACGACAACCACUGCAGCUCCUGCUACAACAACUACAACUUCAGCUCCUGCGACAACCACAACAACAGCACCUCCAACAACUGUAUCUCCCACGAUAACUGCAGCUCCUACAACAGCUUUAGCAUCUACGACAACCACUGCAGCCCUAACAACAACAACAACUGCUGCUCCUACGACCACUACAGAUCCAGAACCUAUUACGACAACCACUGCAGCUCCUGCUACAACAACUACAACUUCAGCUCCUGCGACAACCACAACAACAGCACCUCCAACAACUGUAGCUCCCACGACAACUGCAGCUCCUACAACAGCUUUAGCAUCUACGACAACCACUGCAGACCUAACAACAACAACUGCUGCUCCUACGACCACUACAGUUCCAGAACCUAUGACGACAACCAGUGCAGCUCCUGCAACAACAACUACAACUUCAGCUCCUACGACAACCACAACAACAGCACCUCCAACAACUGUAGCUCCCACGAUAACUGCUGCUCCUACAACAGCUUUAGCAUCUACUUCAACCACUGCAGCCCUAACUACAACAACUGCUGCCCCUACGACCACUGUAACUCCACGACCUACUACGACAACCAGUGCAGCUCCUGCUACAACAACAACAACUUCAGCUCCUACGACAACCACAACAACAGCACCUCCAACAACUGUAGCUCCCACAACAACUGCAGCUCCUACAACAGCUUUAGCAUCUACGAUAACCACUGCAGCCCCAACAACAACAACUGCUGCUCCUACGACCACUACAGCUCCAGAACCUAUUACGACAACCACUGCAGCUCCUGCUACAACAACAACAACUUCAGCUCCUACGACAACCACAACAACAGCACCUCCAACAACUGUAGCUCCCACGAUAACUGCAGCUCCUACAACAGCUUUAGCAUCUAUGACAACCACUGCAGGCCUCACAACAACAACUGCUGCUCCUACGACCACGACCACUACAUCUCCAGAACCUAUUACGACAACCACUGCAGCUCCUACUACAACAACUACAACUUCAGCUCCCUCCUGA